AUGGACCUAGAGUGCCGCAGAAUCCGUCGUAGACGUGUCUGGGAGACAGUCACAUCCCUUGAAAGCGUCUUGGCACUUGGCGCCGCCAGCACCAUCACCACAGCCAUUGCAGCCGUUGUUCUGGCACGACUGGGCAGUUCCACACUCAAAGCCGGGCGUGUCGGUGCUGGGCAGACAUUUGCAGCCCUUGAAUGCGUUGGUGCAGGUUGCCCUUCCAUCGGCGAAGGCACCAUCGCAGUCAUUGAGCUCACACGACUUCUCUUCGCCGCACUCGAAGCUGGGAGUGUUGGCGUUGGGCGUGCAGGUACAGUCGUCGAAGUCGCCUCCUCAACAGGUUGCGUUCCCGUCUGUCACCUCACGACGCCGCAGGUCGCUUUCGGUCUGGUAGCCACUCUUGUCAACAUCUGCAGGCUCUCCAUUGCCGUGCUGUACGAGUUGAUGCAGCGCACGUCCAAAUUAAAGCCGCAGCAUUCCGUCAAGCGCAACAUUGAUUUUGCUUCCGAAUCCUACGCACGCGUCCCCGGAAAAUACCUUUGGCCGACAGGCCAGGCUGCCCUCAUUGCUCCUUCAGCCAUACGAAGGGCUCCAUCAUGGGUGGAAUAUUACCGGGUGCAAAGGCCACUAUUCCUGCUUCAACUCGCGCUAGAACUUCGUAGCCAUGCCCCUUGGUUGGCCUGGGGGAUUCCCGGAGCAUCGUCAGAAUCGAGGGAGUGGAGCGUUGCCGGAAUUGUUUCGUUGCUUCCACUCGGCCAUGAUACCGCUCCCGUGGCCAAAGUGCUCGGGGAAGUCGUCGCCGCGAGGGCCUUUGAACCAAGCGAGGAGCCUCAGGACGAUGUAAUCGGAACAGCAUGGCCACAUGUUCGUAGCGCGGUUCGAGCAAGAUCCGAUGGGCGUCGGAUCCUCAGCCAGCUCAUGGGAAGCCGCCACGCCAUGCUGACUCGGGUCAUGCUCGACGAGAUCAUGAAUCCAGGGUUAAUGAUUUGGAACCGAGAACGUCUAUGUGACUUGGGACUUAUGGAUGAGCCCAGGACAGGCCAAGCAGAAGGCAAGUGGUGGGAGAACGAGGACAAGCGCCCGCAAAUGAGUGAGGACGAAAUCUGGUUUGCGUGGUACAGUGUUGGCUAUGGUCCACCUUAG